AGAACAAAGGAAACGCCGGCACCAGAGCGCUACAAUAUAACCCCAACACAACACAAACAAACUAACCUUAUCGGUCUAUCUAUCCUUCUAUCCCCAUUCCCAUCCCGAGACAGGAGAAGGCAAGGAUGCUGCUCCUGAGCUCCCCCUUCGUGUCCGUGUCGCCGCCGCCGCCGCCGCUCAGCUCCCAUGGCGCUCGCCCGGCGCUGCGGAUCGAGGCGGCCAGGCAGCUGACGGGGCGGGUGGUGACGACCAAGGCGGACAAGACGGUCGGGGUGGAGGUGGUGCGCCUGGCUCCACACCCCAAGUACAAGCGCCGGGAGCGCAUCAAGAAGAAGUACCAGGCGCACGACCCCGACAACCAGUUCAAGGUCGGCGACGUCGUCGAGCUCCAACCCUCCCGUCCCAUCUCCAAGACCAAGCACUUCCUCGCCAUCCCGCUCCCGCCCCGCGACACUCGCCGCAAGUCUCAGCUCCUACCGCCGCUCCAGUCCGACGACGACCAGGAGCCGUCCUCGCGAGAGUGAUUGAUUGUGAUUGAUUGCUGCCUGUCUAUGGCUUCGUCGUAAGCUCCUCUCCAUCAGAGGUGCUGCUUCCCAAUUCCAAAUGCGAAUCCAUGUGUGUUUUUGUCAGACUAUUUCCUUUUUCUUUUCGAUCAAAGGCUUUAGCCCAAUUUCAUCCGAAAUAGCUGUUGCCCUUGUUGGAACUGAUCCAUGGAUAUAGCUGCAUAUUCCCAUUC